UUGACGUACAGGGAUUCUCAAACACUCAGUUCUUUUCUUUCUCGUACGUGUUAAACGUCAUAGAUGUUCAGAACAGCUGAUUGUUGACAGUUGUUCUAACAAUGUUAAUUUCUUGAACUCUUAGCUAAUUUUUGUUAUUUUCUGUGAUUUGGUCGAAUUAUUUGGUAGAUGUUGAGUGCUAGUGCUGGGGGUUAGUGUCCUUAUUAUUUGAUGAAAAAUGACUCCUAAUUAUCCUAGUUAAAAUUGAUGUGAAAAACCGACGAACAUCAUCGACGUUGCCACCGUGUGAGGUAUCUAUGACAAAGCGCAAAAGAUGGCCGACGAUUCGAAAUGUAUAAAGAUAAAUGUUCCUCUUGAUCCCGAAGACACGAACCAAGCUGUUGCUUACACCAAGACUGUUCACGCUCCCCCGCUUCUGAAAGAAACCGAAUCUCUUAAUAAUGCUUCUGUUUUAAGUGGCUCCCAAACCAAUAUAUACAAUGGUUCCUCACCAAUAACCAUCAGCGGAGGGGGUGCGCUCCGUAAGGUCCCCAACAGCAGUCCGAGCAACCAUAAAAGGCCAAUGAUUGCCCUCACACACCUACCCAAAAGGCCGCCCGUGGACAUUACCUUCACAGAUCUCUCCUACUCGGUAUCCGAAGGAAGGAAAAGAGGGUAUAAAACGAUAUUGAAAUGCAUCAGUGGAAAAUGCAAGUCGGGAGAGUUGACGGCCAUUAUGGGACCAUCAGGGGCCGGAAAGAGUACCAUUAUGAAUAUUUUAGCUGGCUACAAAACGUCAAAUCUGAGUGGGCAGGUUAUGAUCAACGGCAAAGAGCGCAACCUGCGACGCUUCAGGAAGAUGUCCUGUUACAUCAUGCAGGACGACUGCCUCUCCCCACAUCUCACCGUCAAGGAGGCCAUGAUGGUAUCAGCGAAUCUCAAAUUAGGAAAGACUGUCACACUGUCCGAGAAGAAAGUUGUGAUCAACGAAAUUAUUGAAAAUUUAGGACUUCAAACUUGCAUCGAUAUAAACUCCUCCAAUCUCUCGGGGGGUCAACGGAAACGUUUGUCAAUAGGUUUGGAAUUAGUAAAUAACCCACCAGUAAUGUUUUUCGACGAACCAACGAGUGGUCUGGACAGUUCAUCAUGUUUCCAGUGCCUCUGCCUACUCAAGUCACUCGCACGAGGAGGUCGAACAAUAAUAUGCACUAUACAUCAGCCAUCAGCUAGGUUAUUUGAAAUGUUCGACCAUCUUUACAUGAUGGCGGAAGGACAGUGUAUUUAUAGAGGGCCUGUGCUAGGAUUGGUGCCAUUUUUGUCCAGCAUGGGCUUGAAUUGUCCCAGUUAUCAUAAUCCUGCUGAUUACGUUAUGGAGGUAGCAUGUGGAGAGCAUGGAGACUACGUUCAGAAACUGGUGGUGGCAGUAAACGCUGGUCGUUGCACCAAAUUCGCCACGCCAGAUCAUAGAAGUAGUAAGAUAGUUUCCAAUGAUAUUGCUAAAGAAGCCAACGGGAAGAACUCCUCGGGAGAUGUAAUAUCCGUGCCAAAUGGUUCUGUGAAGCCUACCACCCCCACAACGCCAGUCACUUGCACAACGUCACUUUUAGAUUCUUCGGAGAAUUUGUCGCCAACGGAAAAGAAUGGUUUUUCAACGACAGGUCUCCAACAGUUCACAAUAUUGCUCAAAAGAAGUAUGUACAUGAUUCUAAUGGACAAAACGCUAACUAGGAUGAGACUGGUGUCCCACUUUGUGAUAGGAUGUCUUAUAGGCCUAAUUUACUAUGAUAUAGGACAAGAUGCUGCCAAAGUUACCAGUAACGCAGGGUGCCUCUUCUUCUGCGUCAUGUUUAUGAUGUACACAGCUAUGAUGCCCACAAUUUUAACAUUUCCUUUGGAAAUGUCAGUUACCGUAAGGGAGCACCUGAACUAUUGGUACUCGCUCAAAGCGUACUAUAUGGCUAAAACAUUGGCGGACAUACCGUUUCAGGUGGUUAUGACGUUGUGCUAUAUAAUAGGUGUUUACUUUAUAACAUCCCAACCGUUAGAUGUCACUAGAUUUGGGAUGAUAUUGUUAGUUACAGUGUUAACUGCCCUUGUAUCUCAAAGCUUCGGAUUGCUCAUAGGUGCUGCGUUUAAUAUUGAGGGAGGUGUAUUCCUCGGACCAAUCUCCACCAUUCCCAUGGUGCUCUUCUCAGGCUUCUUCACAAACCUGAACGACAUUCCCUUCUACCUGAGAUGGCUGCCAUACCUGAGUUACCUGAAAUACGGCUUCGAAGCGUGUAUGAUCGCCAUCUACGGCUUGGAUAGACCGAAGCUGACGUGCAACAUCGAGUACUGCCACUUUAAGUACCCCAAGAAGUUCUUGGAGCAGAUGUCCAUGAAAGACGACAUGGUCAGCUAUUUCAUCGACGUCGGGGUGCUGGGAGGACUGUUCAUCUUUCUUAGGGUGAUAGCGUACUUUAUGCUUCGCAUUAAAUUGAUGCAAAAUCGGUAAAAUUUUCUUUUUAUAGAGAAUUUAUGUAAUAGGAUGGGACUUUGAGGUUACUAGGCACUUGUCAAAUAGAUACUUUAUUGCCUCUGUUGAAAUUAUUGCAGAGUUAACCUCACAUAACCUAAAUUACCGCCUCAGAACGAUAUACAACCAACAGGGCUGUUGUAGCGAUAAAGAAAAGUUAUUGAAUGAAACUAGACAUAUUCUAGAUCUAUAAUAACGUAAAAACUUGUUUCGAAAGUUUAAAUAUUCUAGGGCAAUAAAGUAACUAUAUAUUGUACUGACCAAUUAAGUCUUGUUUAUUUCUGUAUGUACUGGAACAGUAUUCCGUACCAUAGCAAUGGAAAUAAAGUUUAUAACUGCAUUUUUAAUAUUACAAUUUUGUAUUCCUAAAUGUUUUCUUCAAUAAUUCGUACCUUUUCGACAACACAUCAUUAGCAAUUAAGGGCAAUAUUUAGCUGUUUAAAUUGUUGUAUUGCAUCAAGUGGGUAUACUCUGUUUUUUGAGACAUAUAUUGUUGUGUUUAUUACAAAAUAAGCAGUAUAUAAUUUAAAAUUAUAUACAAAGUGAUAAUUUAGUGGAAAUACUGUAAGGAAUACUAGUGGGUCAGCUACAUCUAUCGAUUAAAGACUGUCUAGCUGGUGCUAAGCUCAAAAGAAUUAGUAAGAAUUUUGAUGAGGUAAAAACACAUUUGUAAAAAAGUUGAAGUUAUUAGUAGCCUAAUGUGAUAUUUAUCUGAUCUCUAGAAACAGAUUAACUUAUGAUUACAGAUUGACUAUAGCUAAUAUAGUUAGAAUUGUAGAUGGGGUUACUGUUUCCCACUGUAAUACAUUAUUUUAAUUUUGGAACCUUUGAUGUAGAGUUUUAGAAAUAGUAUAAAAAAUCGUAAAAAUCUAUGUUUAAUUCCAAAAUAUUUGUCUACAGAGUGUAGAACGUAACAAUCUUCAUAUUUUAAGUAACACAUUUAUUGCUUUUGUCAGUGCAAUUUGGUUUGUCAGUAUAUUAGACAAUUGUUUGUCAGCAUAUUGGACAAUUAUGUCAAAACAAACCUUUUGUUGGGCUUUUUAAACUUGUUUUCGCUGAUGUUGGAUUAUGGAUAAUUUCCAACGUCUGUAACGAUGACUCAAAAGAUAGAGUAUACUUAUUCUUCUUGAAAUUUCCUGGGAUAAGAGUGUAAGAUAGUAAUUCCAGUGAUAUGUCGAGAUUUUUGCCCAUCUAGUUUCAUGUAAACCAAAAAUGUCACAGUUUUAUACGAAAUCAAUGUAUUUAUAUUAUUUUAGAUCAAUUUAUUAUUUGUUAGGGUAGGUAGUAACACAAGUAUUUCAAAGGAGCUGGUGAUCUUAUAUGUUAUAAUUAUGUAGGAAUAUGGUAUACAUAUUUGUUACAGUUCGUUAUAUUUUGGUGCGCCAAUCAAGCAGAUGGUGUAACAGAGAUCAGAAAUGUGAGUUGACAAGUACUUUACAAAGAAGUAGGAAACAAUGUGAGGGAAUGAUUUCCUAAUUCAUUAACGUGUUAAAUAAACUUUUAGUUUUAGACAUUUAAUCUCCAUAUUGUCUAGUUUAAAACCAUAAAUUCUGUCACUGCUACAUUAUCUGAACCAUACAUGGGAUUUUGAAGCUUAUGUAGAAAUUUUUUAUAUCAAGAUAUGGCGAAUAUUUAGUAAUUUAAUAUUUAAUACACUUACAAUUCUUUUAAGCCGUGUAAAAACCAUAUUUAAACAAUUUUUAAAUAACAAAGUACCAAAAGUCAUUUCACUGAAUAUUUUUAUGACCAAAGUGGUGUUUUUAAUUCCCUGAUCAUUAAAUAAAUGUUUGUUCAAAGAUUAAUAAGUGUUAUUUAUUGUUUAUCUGUGAAAAACAUACUUUUGAAUCUUCUUUUAAUAAAAAGAAACCUUAAAAUGGCUUAGGAAUGUGAAAAUGGCUAGGAAAACCUUGUCAAAAAAAAGAAUAUUUUUAGCAAAAAUGUAUCUAGCUUAUAAAAAAAUUAAACAAAAAUGAAGUCUAUCCACUCAGCAAAAGAAAAGUUUAGUAGUAAAGAAAGUGUUUAAAAGAAGCUUUUUUUUACAAAAGUUUGUAGCAUCAAAACUAAGCCAGGUACGCUCAAAAUACAAUUAAUCCCAUUUUUUUGGUAAGAAAUUGUGAAAAUCUGCCCUAUUUAGCACCCUAAAUGAAACUAAUCGUUAUCGCCUUACAAAUUACUUAACUUUUUUAUAUGACCUGUAAGUUUCACCGGUUCAAAGUGCUUAUUUUUAAAAGGGUUCUAGUUAAAAGGGCUUGAACGAGUCAUUAAUCGUGAGUAUAUGCAAAUUUUAAACAGCCAACCAAUUUUUGUUUUACAGAAAAACAAAAUAAAGCCAAAAUAUUUAUAAAAGCAAGACCUACAUUCCUUUACUCUUUGAGAUUUUUCGUAUCACUAAUACUUUUUAAGUUAUUUUGAAAAAAAAAAGGCAUUUUUCCAAAAUAAUAAAAACUUUUUUUACUAUAAAACCAAAUUUUUUCAAAAAUAAGAACUUCGAACCGGUCAAACUUACAGAUCAUAUAAACAAUAAAUAUUUAAAGUAAAUGGUGAAGCGCUAAUGAUAAAUUUUAUUUGAGGUACGAAAUAGGGACAGAUUUUCACGAUUUUUUUUUUACCAAACUAACUUUAUUUUGAGUGUAACUCUUAUAGUUUUGGUACUAGAAACUUUUAUAAAAAAUAAAACAAAAACUUUUUUUUGAAACAUUUAAAACAAAUUUUGAGAUUUUCCCGAAAAUUGCUUCAUUUUUUGGUUAUUUCAGGUUGAAAUAUUCGAUUUGGAAUUAGACGAAUAAGAAUAAUUUUUCAUGAGCUUCAACUGUGCUUUUACUGUGUCGAUAGACUUCAUGAAUAAGUACACCAUUUUUUUGUAUCUUACAAGCUACAUUUUUGCUACAAAUAUUUAAUUCGAUAAAUACUUAUUUUUGAGUUAUUUGCAAAAAACCCGUUUGAAAACGUUGUUUCUUUUUGUUGAAAAAUAAACAUUUUCACUCACAAAUGACUUGAAAAGUAUUAACGUAGAUAAAGAAACUCUAUAGAACAAAAGUUGCUUAUAAUUAGUGUCAAGCUUAACAAGCAGGGGUGUCACCCCCCGAAGUAAAAGCAUAAAUCCACUUUACAACAUAAAUCCAACAAUUUACGGCAUAAAUCCAACUUUGAAGUGGAGUGUAACUAGAACCUAAAUCCAAAUUGUCAAGCUAAUACGUCCGUCGUGAAGCUGAUAAUUUCACUCCAAAACUGUCAUUUACUGAGCUAUUGGUGUAUUCAUACAUUGUUUAUGACGACUUACAUUUUUCAUCUUUAUUGGUAUAGCCCCCUUCCUGCUACGGGGGCCUCUGUUACGCUUCUGGAUAAUUGUAUCGAAAUACUAAACGUAGGUAAAUAAUAAAGAGAAACCCCAUUUCUAGAUUUAGAAAUAUUGUUCUAAAAUUCGGCAAAUUGCAAUUCUCAAAUCUUUCAAUAGUUACGUACAAAUCAUUAUAGUUUAUUGUCGUCACCCAUAAAAGUUCGUGAGACCGGAACGGAUUAAGUUUCUAGAUAUGAGAUGAUUCACUUGCCGAAUACGCCUAUUUAGAAAUUUACGUUUUUAGAUUUAAACACAAAAAGUAAUAUCAUUUCUUUACCUAUAACAGAUUUUUACAGACGACAAUAUCAGACGACAAGAUGGGGUCCCUGCACGAUUGGGGCCCCACCGCAAGCUUCACGCCGCGGGGGCCUCUGUUACGCCCCUGAGAAGGAUACACAAUGGCUCAGUUGUGGCCUAAGGGCUGUGGAACUUUUAUUCGCCUUCCCUGCUCUACAGAUACAGACAGAUAUAGUUAUAGUGGCUGGCUUAACGAAUACAAGAUGUUCCAAGUUGGGACAAUAACAUCUUGCUUAAACAUGGUUUUAUAGAAUUGUAAUAGUGAUAAAUAUUUUAUUCUGUAGGUUUUUUUCUAAACAGUAUAGAACCCAAACGGCAGAAUGGUCAUAGUCUUUAUAAAUUGUGAUAAACUAUAACUUUUUAUUUUCUAAUGUGUUGUAUUCCCUGUGAUGAAUUGUGUGAUUGUGUGGCGACAUGCAAAAAGCUGCGCCAUUGUAAAGAAUUAUUGUAUCUAUUCCAAUUGAUAUUUUAAACAUACAUUAAUUUCUUUGUGUUAUAAAUAUGUAAACUUCUGAAUCUACAGCAAAAUUUUAAACCUAAUCUCUAACCACUCGGUAAUAAAACAUAUUUGUAAUAAGGUUGAUGAUGUAUUCAACAAAUAUUGUUGCCAAAUAUUGAGUAGCUAUUUCUCGGUAGUAGCUAUAUACUGCACACACCAUACUCUUUUAAUACAUGGGUAAUAAAUAACUUAUCCACUAGCAGAACAUUUUAAUUUUAUACGAUUAUUUUUUGAAAUAUUGUUCUCAAAUUAUAUUUUGAUGGAAAUAUGUAUAUCUUUUAUUAUAAGUAGGUACCACCUAUAUUUAAUUAAUAGUGAAUACGUAUCUUUGUUAUUUUUUUACUGAAUAAAUAUAUAUUAUGUUGAUCAUUGACUAUGUUCCUAUUAUUUUUUUUCCAGUAAUCCAAAUUUUUUUUAAAUAAUCAAAAAGAAUCUCUAUAUAGGUUUUCUCAGUAAAAUGACUUCUUCUAGUUCUAGGACCAAUAUCGUGGGAUAUAAUGCUGGCUACCAUAUUUUAGCCAUCGUGGUUUUAUUGGCAGCAGCUCUAAAAUAAUGAUGUAGUACGUAUGUAGUUCCAUACCAUUAUAUUAGAUUUCUUAGCCAUGUUGUUCUUCUGUUCUUCUUCUUCGAGGGCCACGUUUAUUUUGGAUCUUUCCCUGGAUGAUCAGAUACUAAAUUUCAUAUUUUUUAAGAUAUUUCAAAUUGUGACUAAAGAAUUAAAACUUGCGUUUUUUUGUGUUGGACCAGCGUAUUCGUAGUACUCAAUAUACCCACAUCUCAAAGAUAUAGCAAUAUGUCAUUCGAACGCGAAAGUCAACACCAAUAUCGUUCCUCAUUUUUUAAAAAGUUUCUACGGUUGGAUCCCAGCUUUCAUUGAUAUUAUUGCUGAGAUGCACGAAUUUCUCUAGUCUGUCCCAGUACGGCAUCUCUUUUACGACUUUUACACCGUCAUUCUGUAAAUAAUUUUGUUUAUCAUGUAUUUAGUUUUUUUAACGUUGAGUUUUAAUCUAAACCUGUAUUAGUCCACGAGGCAGCGCUGAAAAAUCGUGUGAUUGUGUAGAGAAACAUACUGCGGUCGGUCAAGCGAAACGUAGAGCAGGGGUUACUGAGAGGGUAUCAAAGUUGCUUUCCUACGAAGGUAAUUAAAUCCAUUUACUAAGGCUGAAAAUCAGUACACACAUUCUAAAUUAAAUGUAAAUAAAAGUUAUUAUAGUCGGUCAGCUGUAUGACGGGACAGAGCGGGUCGGUCGGCCCCAGUGAAUGUACAGGGUUAUUCACUAUAUUUUGACCCCCUUGUAAAUGCUUUAUUUACAGAAUUAGAAAAAAAUGUAAAAUACAACUACUAGUAAUCGACUAUUUUUUUAAAUGGGAAUAGGGGUCGAGUACUAGCUUAUUUGAAAGGUUAUUCAAUUCCCUAUUCAGUAAUAUAAACAUUAACAUGAUUAAUUAUACAGGGUGUCCAAAAGAAAUUUUUAAUUAAAUUAAUUGUUUGAUUAAUAAUUCAACAAUUUUUUUGGACACCCUGUAUAAAUAAUGAUCUUAAUGUUUAUAGUACUGUAUAGAGAAUUAAAUAACCUUUCAAACGAGCUAGCACACGACCCCUAUUCUCAUUUAAAAAAAUAGUCGGUUACGUCAUCACGCUCAGAUGGAUGACGUCACUAGUACGAUAUAUAUGUCAAAAAAUCGUAAUUAAAAAAUCGAAUAACUUUUUUAUUUUACAUAUUUUUCUAAUUCUGUAAAUAAAGCAGUUUACAACCCAGGCAACCAAACGACGUUUUUAUAACGUAGAUAACACGUCAUAAAAAUGACCAAUUGACGUGUUUCUAUGACGUAGUACCGACGUUGAAAAUCACGUGUAUUUGUCUCAUCGAUAUGACGUCAUAAUUGUGACGAUUUUAAAACGUCUAAAAGGUGACGACUUUUAUACUUCGGUAAAAUCACGUCUUUAAUACUUGCAAAAAGUGACCUCUUUUAGAUGUUUCAAAAUAGGUAGUAUAAAAAAUAGGUAACAUGAAACCUAUAGGUCUACGUCCCAUGUGUCGAUGAAGAUAUACUACCAUUUGUUUAAGAUCGCUUGUGCAUUAGAAGCAAUCUAACAUUGAUUCUGCAUGAUUGUACCAGCCCUCGCAUUAUAGAAUUUUCACUAUUUAUAUAAGUAUACCUACUUACUGUGUCAAAACUGAAAAAACAUACAAACUACUAAAUAAUUUAUUAACAAAUUACUCGAUACAACUCGAUAACACAUAAUUAGUUCAUUAACAGAAAAUAAACAUAACCUCAAACACUUGUCAAGAAGAAUACUGCAUUAAACUAACUCACUGAGCAAAAACGAAUACAAGUCUCUUAAUUAACACGUUUCUUCAACUAAAUAUCUAAAUGAAAAGUCUUAUUUUAUCACACAGACACACACCACGUAAACAAUAAAUGAGAAAUUUCUUAUUAAAAUUAUUUAACGAAAUUGUUUGGAGUAAUACAAACAAGCUCCUCCCAAUUUUGUGACAUCAGACUUAAACUGUCUGAAAUGAAAACGUUUUUUAAACGUUAUUUUAACGUCAUUAAUCUUACGUAUUUAAAAUCACCUACAAAAGACGUCUAUAUGACGUAAUUUUCAAACACGUGUAUAUAUUUAACCAAAACUGACGUUUCCUCGACGUUAUAUGACGUCAGUUGGUUGCCUGGGAAGGGGGUCAAAAUAUAGUGAAUAACCCUGUACAUUCAUUGGGGCCGACCGACCGGCUCUGUCCCGUCAUACAGCUGACCGACUAUAAUAACUUUUAUUUAUAUUCAAUUUAGAAUGUGUGUACUGAUUUUCAGCCUUAGUAAAUGGAAAUAAUUACCUUCGUAGGAAAGCAACUUUGAUACCCUCUCAGUAACCCCUGUUCUACGUUUCGCUUGACCGACCGCAGUAUGUUUCUCUACACACUCACAGUAAUCAACUGUGAAAAAUUUAGCUUUAGUAAAUUCAAAGAGAUUUUUCAGCGCUGCCUCUCCGUCUAAUACCUUUGCCAGUGUUUCAGUCCGCAUCAAUGGUAGUGGUAGGUUGUAGGUGGGAGAGCGGGCAUACAGAGAGAUGGCAAGCCGGCAGCAAGCACUGGCGGUACAAGCGUUACACAUUUUCGAACUUUUUUACAAUUCUUGCACGUAAAAGUGAUUCAUCUGUAUACAAACUUAUUGUUUCUAAGAUUUUGCAAUAUGUAAAGCUUUUUCUUUUAUUAAUAAACUUAAUUUCCACCAAUUUUUUUAUUGAAGAUCGGAUGAGGGUUGAUUGCUCUUCGUUUUAGCUCUGCACUCGUUUACUCGUAGUUCCGAUCUAGAUAUAGAUCUACAGGAGUAGAUCUAGAUUUUUAAGGUUGGUUUUAGUCAUCCUUAUUUACAUAAAAAUUAUUUUUUUCCAAUCUGUGGCAUAUCAUAUAAGCAUAAAAACAAUAUAUGUAAUACUGAAAUAUCAGUUAAAAAUAUCUUUUAGCAUUAUGAAAUUUAUGUAUGUUUAUUAACUUACUUUGAAAGCAAUCAGAGAUGAUUAAAAUCAAACAAAUUUACCAAAUCAUUUUUUUAAUAAAUAAACUUUACCAAACGGUUAUUAUGUAUUUUAUUUUUAUUUUUGUACUAUUAUGAUAUUUUAAUGUUUCGUUCCGUAGUAGAGACAGACCCAGAUUUUAAACAACUUAAUGAUCUAAUUUAAGCCACAAAUACUCUUCUAGGAUAGUUUUUUGCAAAAUAUGUGUAGUAUAGACGGUUUUAGUCUACUGCAUUCAAACAAUUCUCUCAAGUUCUUAAACCAGGAUAUUCUUCGUCUUCCCAUAUUUCGCUUUCCUCAAAUCUUGCCUUGCAUAAUAAGUUGUAGUAAUAAGUAUUUUUGUCCUCUCAUUACACGUCCUAAGUUCUCAAGUUUUCGUCUUCUGGUAGUUAAUAUUCAUUUCCUAUUCGUAGGAAUCUUUAUAAUACCAAAAUUCAAAGUUACAUUUGAUGUUAUCCAUGUUCCUAAGUAUUUGUAGGUAUUCACACUCUCAAUUACAGUAUUUUCAAUAAUCAAUUGAAUGUUUGCAUCUGCUGAUUUAUAGUCCAGGGCGGAUUUGUUUUGAGAUGGACGUUGAUAGGUGACUCAUAUUUUUUUGCAGAAAUUGCUUGGAAUUAACUCGUAUAAUACUAUUUGAGUUAUCCUCCCACUCAAAAAGUCCCGGAACAUUGUUUAAAUAAUCAAAAUGUCAAAAAAUGAAGGAAAAAUUCGAUUUUUUUCUUCGUUUUUUGAUUAUAACUUCAAAAGUAUUCACUUCAAAGAAAAGUUGCAAUGACAUAAAAGUUGCGUAAUUAAAUUUCCUACAAUAUAGGAUUGGUUAAUAACUUUAAAAGUUGUCACCCUUAUUGCAAACUAGCAAUAAUUGUGAAAAAAAACAUAAAAAAAAACAAGUAUUCGCAAUUUACGGUUUUCAACCAUUUAUGAUGACACUUAGGACCUUCAUAUUUUACCCAAAAAAACUUUAUGACAUAGUAAAACAAUACUGUAAAUUUGAUUAAGAUUGGUUCAAUAGAUUUUGCAAAAUAAAUUUUGAAAUCUAGGUUUCGCAAAAAAAUCAUUAUUUCAAAAUGUUGCAGGACUGAAAAUAAAGCAGAUAGCAAGUUGAAUUUUUUUUGCAUAUAGAAGAAUACUGUAUCUUUCAUUUUCAAUUUGUAAAAUUAUUAUCGGUUAACUACCACGGCGUCAGGAAUUUUUUAAAAUAAACAUUAAUUUUUGGUGCUACGCACAGGACAGCGGUGUUCGAUUCACAUAAGUUGAUUUCCACCAAAAUUUCUUUAAAUCUUUAUAUAAUAUAUUAUUUUCUAACUCUAUAUUUUGUUGGAUUUUAAUAUUUUAAUUCCACAAAAAUCAAACUAAUUUGAUUAUUGUUUGUGAAAUAUUGUUUAAACAAUUGCAUAAGUUUAAAAAUAAUAAACUUUUAUUCUCUAAGUUAAAAUAUAUGAACAAAAAAAGCUUUUGCUAAAAAAAGUGUAAUUUCAAAGGAGAAAGUAUGUGUUUUUAUUUUCUAAUAAACAAAUUCAUUUAUUUAUAUCGAAAUGUACUAAAAAUUUAAAUUUAUCAAUCUAUCCUGUGCGUAGCACCAAAUAUUAAUGUUUAUUUAAAAAAAAUCCUGACGCUGUAGUAGUUAACCGAUUUUAAUUUUGAAAAUUGUUAAUCAAAGGCACAGUAUUGUUCUAUAUGUAAAAAAAAUUCAACUUGCUGUCUGCGUUAUUUUCAGUCCUGCAACAUUUUGAAAAAAUGAAUUUUUUUUGCGAAAGCUGGAUUGCAAAAUUUAUUUUGCAAAAUCUAUUAAAACGAUCUUAAUGAAAUUUACAGUGUUGUUUUAUUAUAUCAUAAAGUUUUUCUGGAUAAAAUAUGAAGGUCCUAAGUGUAGCAUAAAUGGUUGAAAAACGAAAAACGUAAAAUGCGAAUAGGUACUUAUUUUUUAUGGUUUUUUGGCAAUUAUUGCUAUUUUGCAACAAGGGUGACAAUUUUUAAAAUUUGUAACUAAUCCUAUAUUAUAGGAAAUUUAAUUACGCAACUUUUAUGACAGUGCAAUUUUUCCCGAAAAUGAAUAGUUUUAAAGUUAUAAUAAAAAAACCCAGAAAAAAAUCGAAUUUUUCCUUCAUUUUUUGAUAUUUUGAUUAUUUAAACAAUGUUCCGGACCUUUUUGAGUGGGAGGAUAACUCAAAUAAUAUUAUAUGAGUUAUUUCCAAGCAUUGUCUGCAGAAAAAUAUGAGUCACCUCUCAACACCCAAAUGUACUAAUAUUUUUACGGAUGCGCCCUGGUCUAUUAGUCAUGAUCAUGCUUUUAGUUUUCUUCAAACUCAUCUUCAGUCCAUAUUGACAACAUUAAUCAUGCGUUCACUAUAACAUUAAUUAUGGCGUUGCAUUACGUUCUGUAAAUUAUUGUUAUCCGUCAAUAUUACUGUACCGUCUGCAAAAUGUAAGUUUUUGAACAUUUCUCCAUUAUGUAGUAAAUUUUCUAGUCAAUUCUUCUAUAGAAUCUGAGAGCGCUUAUUUAAAUACCGCUUCACUGUAGACAUUGAAGAGUGGUGGGGACAGCGCGCAUCCCUGGUGGACUCCUGUUUGUAUUAUGAUAAUUGAGUCUGGUUAUCAACUCUUACUUUUGGCUGUUUGAUUCCAGUGUAGAUUAGAUAUAAUUCUCAUAUCAAGAUUGUCAAUAUUUUGGCUUUUUAAUAUAUACAGUGUUAAGCGAGUUAACCGGCAAAAUGACUCAAAAGAUGGAAAACAUAAAACAUUGUGAAGUAAAAAGUGAUGAAACUAGUAGAGGUGGAAAUUAUCGAUAUAGACGUAUAAAUUAACAUUACAUUACAUAGUUUCCCAAAUUUAGACGUAUUGGAGGAGCAUGAUAACUGUCACUGUGACAAAAGAAUUUUAUAAAAUACUCCUGUCACAGACUUCUAAAGGUGGGAAACUAUGUAAUGUUAAUUUAUACGUUUAUAUCGAUAAUUUCCACCUCUACUAGUUUUAUCUCUUUUUAUUUCAGAAUGUAUUGUUUUCCAUCUAGUCGUUAUUUUGCCGGUUAUUAGCGCGCUUAUCACUGUAUAUACACAAGGUUUUAUGUUGAAUCUUAUCAAAUGCCUUUUCAAAUUUUACAAAACAUAAGUAAAUUAUAUUCUGACUCUUGUCCAUGCAUCUCUGAACCAGCACAUUCAAACCCAACAAAGCAUCUCUUGUACCAUUUCUAAAGUCAGAUUGUGCGUUACUUAUUUCAUAUUCAAGAGUUUUAACAAUUAUGCUGUAUAUUAUAUUCAAAAGUGUUACUCAUUAAAGCUACUGUUCUGUGAUUUGAGCAGGUUGUAGCACUUGACUUUUUGGGAAGUGCUACAAAGAUCGAUUGCAACCAUUGUCUGGGGAUUGUGGCAGUCCGAUUAAAGAGUGCAGCCAUUAGAUACAUCAGUAACGUCUUUAUCAAUUAGUUUUAAUAAUUCCAUGAGCACAUCAUCUGGUCCAGUAGCUCUGCCCUAUUUUGUGUUUUUGAUGGCAUAGAUGACUUCUCGUAAUAUUGGUGGUCCGGUAUCCUCUGUAUGUUUUGAAGUAACUGAGAAAAACAGUCUACCAUCCCCAGAGAAAUCUUCAGGUUUAUAAAGAAAUAUAAUUUUUAGUCUGUAAGUACCUAUGUAUUUGCAGUUUUCAGUACAGAAAAGGUGAUUAUUACAUUACAGAAAAUGUGAGAUCACAUCUUUUGUGAUGAGUGUUGUGCGGCAUAAGCUUGAAAUAAAAUCUGAGUCUGUCUUUAUUUUAAGAAAAAUCAAUAAUUUUUGUAUACCAACGCUGAGAUUUGUAAUUUAUAGUAUUCAUAUUAUUUGUCAUGGAUUUAUUCCAAUGUAUGUAUUUAUGUACAUAGUAAAUACGAAAUAAUCCAUUUUUUACUACAUAA